AUGUGCCUUUGCCCAGAGGAAUUUGCUUUCCGUCGUCUCAAAUUGAGUCAUCCUUAUGCAAGUGCGUUUGCGACAUCGCCGGUGAGUACCUCGAUUUUUUAAGGCAAGGAACAUUUCCCUUUUAGAUUCACGAUCUGAUCAAAGACAGAUUACUUUAGGGUCUUUCAUUUGUUCCUUGCACGGAUCAUGUUUAUCAAAGAUUGUUUAAAGAAUUUCUGAAAAUGAAGAGAAGUUUAGUUUUCUUCCCACAAUGAAUGAAAGUCCUUGUAAAUGGCAAAGAGCACUGAAUUCUUUGUAAAUCAAGCCUUUAUCUGCCAGUGAAUUCAUUAUAUAGAAAGCAUAAAUAAGACGUGAGUUACUGGAUCACGAAUUUUGUCAAGCCAUUUAUGAAACUGACAUUUGUAACAAAUGCAUUCUCUUAAAAUUGGUGAGAGACCCCCAUUUCACGAAAAGUAAAAGAUCGUUGUGGUUCUGUAAUGGCGCCAAAAUCUUUGGAUCAACGUUUACUGUUCGUGGGAAGAGUAAUAAUUAUGCGGUGGCGCGCUUCGACAGUCGCCCUUCAAGGGAUUUUAGUCAGUUAUCAAUAUAGUCAAAUACUUUCUAGAAAUACUGCGAUAACAGGUAUGUUAAGUCCAUUAAAACUUCGUGUUCAUAAAACUGACGGUAUCAAAAGAUUACAUUACGAACAAAAUCGGUUAAAAUCUUUACCUUUUUAAAAAAUUACCUUGUAUGAUUUUCAUUCGCUUAAAUGAUGCUACUUGAUCUAAUUAUUAAAACACGGUUUCCGCGCACGAACUUAAGGUUCCAUAGCCAACAGCGUAAUUAUCUUUCAACUUGAAAAAAGUUACACAGCAGCAGAAGUUUCAUGGAGUCCCGCAGGACCUCAGGAGAGUUACAUCAUGGGAAUGGAGCCUCUUUGAGCUCCCACUAAUUCGCAAUUAUCUGUAAAAUAAACAAAUAUUGACUAAAAUAUUUUAUGCGACGCUAACAACUUGCACAGCCGAAAACUGUUUUAAAUUAUCACACUUGGUAGACUUCAUGAAUCAGAUACUCAUUGCUCUUAUAAGGUACGUUCACCAUAUGCAGUUUAAUGAGAUUAAGAGCGAACAAGACUUUCUGAUUGUUUAACAAAUGUAUUUGAAACACACCACAGAAGAUUGUUAUAAUUAUUCAUAACCGUUUAUCAGUUCUGCUUAUAUUUAUAUUUCAUCAAAUUAGGAAUUUUAAAAUUACUCCUAAGACAAUAACAAGAGAAGGUAACUGAUGCUGAGAAGCACUAUAAAAAUUUUCGUUCAUAAAUGACUUCGGUCGCGAAACAGUAUUGACAUACGAUUGUUUUCAUAACAAAAACCUCGCUUUACUCGCGACAAAAAAUAUCGGGCUCUAGUAGUUUCAGAUUGUAUUGGUAUGGCCCGCGCAGAAAUCGCAAUCACUCAACGGUGCAAAACGUGUAUUUCGUGCCAAGUACAUGUGGUGCCUAAAAUCGAAGAUAGCGCAUGUGAAUGUGCUGGUCGUUUAGAACCUGUAUGUUCUAAAAUCCUACGAUAAAAAAAUUAAUAUCGUCAUUUUUUCUAGCAUGGAAAACCAACGACCUUUCCUUCGAAUUGUGAGCGAAGAAUAAGUAUCCAUGACCCGUAAGGACCCGUGCGCGCAAUCACAUAGAACCUAGUGGAAAUACAGUUCAGAAACAUACGUUAAUGAUCCAGUGCAUCUUAAUAACACGACCCAACACUAACUGCCGAUCAACAAUUCACAUUCUCUUUCAACCAAGUGCCUUUCCCAGGCGAACUUUUUACCCAGGAUGUGUAAAGAAUACACGUAUGCUUCAGGAACCACAUAAUUUUCAUCUCCCCUUUAAAAAUUUUGAACGAAAAUUUGCUUCUCACCGCGGUUUUGAGUCUUGAUGUGAAAUCUAACAGCUCGAAAUUGUUUUCAAAUGGGCAACUGAAAAAUUUGACCAUGGACGCCGUUAUAUUUAAAUAAAUCAGUGCACCUGCCUUCUACGCAAAACUACAACGCGCGGUCAUUAUACAAGGGAAGCAUACCUGCCUGUGUAGCAUGCAGUUUGUUUUAAGGAAAGGUACUACAGGGAUGGGAAAGAGAGGAGAGAGACUGACAAGUCAGAGUAAGAGGCCAGGUUACUGACUAAAAGUACGUAGUCGAAUUUUUCUUAAAUCUAAAAACAGUUGUUACAAGGUUCGGUUAGUCUGUGGAUUCUCAAUCUGCGGUAGAUCAGUUCCCGGCGGAUUUAUAAAUUGUAUGUUACAGAUUGGGAGGGUGAUGUAAGAAGAUUAUCUUUGCUCUCGGUAUCGACUGACUGGCAGUAUUUUGUCUCAACAGUGGCUACCCCUUCCUUUGUUCCUCAUUUACCGCCUCAUCGCCGCCUUCUACUUUCUGUCAUGGUUGAUCUACAGUGGCUUUAGCGAUGGUAACUACUGGUUCAUUUUCCUUAGUAAUUGGGUCCUUACCUUUGUAACCGCUUACUUUUUGCUGGCCAUGUUCAUUACUACCCACUAUUGCUGCGGAUCUGGAGUCGAAGAUGACCCGGCUGGCUACGGACCUCGUCGUUUCAAGUCGGAAACCUACAUCGUGGGAUUGUCUUCCGAAGAUGAAAACGACACCGAAGACGAAGGGACAUCCUAUGCCACUAAAGAAGAUGAUGAAGACGGGCUGAGCUGGCCACAGAAGGUAUUGUGGGUACUUUUCGACAUAGGAAGUGUUACUUCGCUGGUAGUCACCAUUUUCUAUUGGUCAACGUUGUACCCUGUAAAAGGUGGAGCAAUCGAUGGUUUGAACAUAAACGAACAUAUUUUAGCUACCGUUUUUAUGCUGAUAGAAGUCAUAUUUAGUAAUAUUCCCAUCCGUCUCCUGCAUUUUUUCUAUCCUCAUGCGGUUUCUUCGAUCUACGUGCUUUUCAGCGUGAUUUACUGGGGCGCUGGGGGCAAGAAUAAGGAAGGCCUGAAUUACAUAUACCAGAUCAUUGAUUACGAAAAAGAACCAGGUCAUGCCAUUUUUAUGGUGUUCUUCUUGUUAAUUGUAACGCAAACAAUGGUGCAUUUGUUCCUCUUCAUAUUGUUCAGAUUUAGGGCGUGGCUUAUAUCUAAACUCCAAUGAACCCAAGUAAAGUAUGGUUAUCAUUGAACUUUAAGAGGACUUGCAAAACGUAAAGAACGUUGUUAAGCUCAGUGAGACGCAAAGUCUGCCAUAUGUUAAAUUGCUAAAAAUACAACCACUUUUAAGAGAAGAACUGUCCAGAGAAUAAUCUCUCGAGAACUGUAUAAUAAACUCAUAAGUCUCUCACCCGAGGAAAAUUGAUCAAGAAAAUGUUGGUCGCAUUAUUUUCCCUAGAAUGAAUUCAUAAAUUCUGCCAAAAGUGGGACGAUAAAGUAUCUUGCUUACUAGCGGGUUCUCUAAGGUGAUAUAAAGUUGUUCUUAAUCCUUUAAACCCUGAGAGUGAUUAGCAUCUAAUUUCUCCCUACAAUAUCACUCCUGAAUCACACAUUAAGGUCAUGAGAGUAAAGGAAAUGGUCACCAGGGAAGGAUCCUUCUGAUUGGCAAACAAAUUCUCUCCGUCAGCACCUUAGGAAAUGUAUAGAGAACAGUGUGGAGAAUAUGCAUUCUGAUGUUGGGGCGUAAAAGGUUAAGUUAGUGUGCUGCUCCCUUACAAGCACUGUAAUAGCUCCCCUGUAUCACGGGUCUUAAUCAAUUUUUGCCGAAAAAAAAUUAACCUUGCAUGCAAAAUCAGUAAGUGGAUUAAAAAGGAAAUACUCGUUAACUUGUUUUUUUAAACGUUGUCAAGCUUUUUUAUCGCUUUUUAGUCAAUUAAACAUGCAUUUUAUUCCGAGUAAGAAAUUUUCGUAAGCAUUUUUUCCCUGUAACACUUUAACUCCCAAGAUCUCAUUAAUAAUUCUCCUUACUGUCUGCCAUACAGUUAUUGUGAUGCUUGUUUGGAGAAUUUGGUAUUGGAUCAACUUAUAAUCCCCUCAUUGAUAUUUUUCUUUAUUCUCAUCACUUGUGUGGUUGAUAUUGUAUUGAUACUGUAAGGAGAAAUUCUGUCUUGGUCACUCAUGGGAGCUGAAGGGUUAAAUAUGACACUAUAUAGUGAUAAGAGUAGCAUUUUAGCCAACCGCUGUUUGUCUACAUUUUCAUGCGCUUUUAAUUAAGGGAAAAAAAAGUUAAAAAAAAGUAGCUCAGUAAACGUAGGUUUUAAGAUAGUUGGGAUAUGGAAGACCCAAAAGCCAGUUGUU